GUCAUAGUGACGUCAUCGCCGGACGGCGGGCUGGCAAGAUGGCGGAUGUGUGUGAGCGCUGGUGGGGUGAGCUGCUCAAACACCCGCUGCUGGGUGAGCUGAGGAAGGGCGACCGGCGAGUCAAUGAACCGGCCAAGAAUCUCCUCUUCUGUCUGGACAGCGACAUUUUCUUCUGGGAUGGGACGAAGAGCGUCUUUUAUACCACCAACCUCAAGCACCUGAACACCGGCAUGGUCCCGUAUCAGACACUAUUAUGUAUAAAUCCACCCUUGUUUGAAGUGAAUGAAGUUUUGCUCAGUCCAACACGACAUCAUGUGCUACUUAUUGGAAAUAAAGGUAUGAUGGUGUUGGAGCUGCCACAGCGUUGGGGCAAAAGAUCUGAGUUUGAGGGUGGAAAGUCCGAAAUCAAUUGUUUGACGGUGCCUAUAGCUGAAAGAUUCUUCACAAGUUCAACUUCACUGACACCAAGACAUGCUGCUUGGUACCCCAGUGAAACUGAGGAGCCUCAUGUUGUCGUAUUAACUUCAGAUAAUUCUGUGAGGUUUUAUGACUUAAAGCAACCUCAGACUCCUGUUCAGAUAUUCUGCCUUAGUCAGAGUGAAGAGGAAAGUAUUGUACCAUCUACAAGCAGGUCAUAUGCAGCAUCAUUGGGUGAGAUCGCAGUUGCAUUCGAUUUUGGUCCUUUGAUGACUGCUCCUAGGCAUCGUUCAAAAGAGGUCUUGGUCCAUCCACUCUAUAUCCUUUAUGAAAAUGGCGAGACGUACUUAAUAUACUGCAGCCUUACUCACAACAGUACUGGACUUGUUGGGAGGUUGCUGGGUCCGUUGCCUAUGCAUCCAGCUGCUGAGGAUAAUUAUGGAUAUGAUGCCUGCGCGAUACUCUGCUUGCACUGUGUUCCAAACGUUCUGGUCAUUGCUACUCAAUCUGGGAUGCUGUAUCACUGUGUGGUUCUUGAGGGGGAUGAAGAAGAGUAUCAGAUGAGUAAUGAAUCGUGGGACCUGAGGUGCGAGCCUGUUCCUUCACUCUAUGUAUUCGAAUGCGUAGAAUUAGAAUUGGUCCUGAAGCUGGCCACAGGAGAUGACGAUGAGCAACUACAAUCCGACUUCUCCUGUCCAAUCACUUUACACAAAGAUCCAUUGUGUCUGACGCGUUAUCAUUGCACACAUAUUGCUGGUGUACACAGCAUUGGGCUAACAUGGGUCAACCAACUGGAACAAUUUCUCCUCACCGAAGAACAAGAUAAACAUUGCCUCCAGGAGUUGGCAGCAGAGCAGAGAUGCAUAGUGGAACAUAUUCUCUGUACCAAACCACUGCCGUUCAGCCAGCCUGCACCAAUUAAAGGAUUCUGGAUAAUUUCUGACCUAUCGCUAGGAGCAGCAAUGAUUUGCAUUACGGAUUCAUACGAGUGCAUCAUAAGACAAUUACUAACCACCACACGGCCAGUUUCACCGCCACUACUGUGUUCCAACCCAGACACCAGCUCCAUUGUAUCGCCACUGCGAAAUUUCACAAGCAGUUCCUUUGAACAACACAUUGCAAACAUUUUGCGUCGCAAUACAACAAAUCCACUCCUUCUGAGAGCUUCAGAUGCAGAGGGAGCUCCGCCACCACAGGAGUGUUUGCAGCUCUUGAGUCGAGCCACCCAGGUGUUCAGAGAAGAGUACAUCCUCAAACAGGCUCUUGCAAGAGAAGAGAUAGCACGGAGGGUGAAGCUUUUAACCAGUCAGAAGAAUAAGCAGAAGUUUGAUCUUGAACAGUGCAUCAAUGAGAGAAAACUUCUGCAGGAAAUGGCAGAAGAACUGGCUGGCAAAUAUGAGGGGGUAAAAUACAACCAAGAAAUAGUGAUGAAAAGGGUGAAGAAAGUUUUGCACAGUUUUAAUUCACAUCUUCCCGUGCUGUCUGAUAGUGAGAGAGAUAUGAAGAAAGAACUUGUUGUUCUCAAUGACCAGCUCGGUGACUUGGAAAGCACCAUUACACAGGUGCAAAUGAAGACUGAAUAUCAACGGAAGGAAAUACAGCCGGAGGAAAGUGCACGGAAAAAGAGCAUCACUCUCAGUGUGUCUCAGAAGAAAUGCAUCCAUUCAGUGCUUAAGGAGCAGAGUGAACAUAUUACUGAAAUGGUGAAGAAAAUUAAUGACAUACGAACUCAUGUAAAUUUUUAAGUACUAUUUUGUUCUCUGCCACGGUUUAUUCUUUGGGAUGAACUGUAUGUAAAGGUGGUGUAGGAUGAGAAACAAUAAGCAUUCUCUUAGAGCAAAGUGAAGUAACAUGGCAACAUUUCAGACUCUGCCAAUCUUACUCCAGCUCUGAGUUUCGAUGGCAUUUUGUACGUUUAAAUUAAUUUCACCCGGUUUUUAUGUUUGCAGUAUAUGUAGCAUUCAGAUUAGAAUUAUUGGUUUAAUCUCCCAACACAAAGGAUUAUUGAACUGGUUCCUUGUUUUCUAGAUUUUGAUAAUAUCAAAUUAUUAACAUGCUUUUCUUUUCUAAAUCUGUAGCUGCAACCUUUCCAUAAAUACCAGAUCUGAUGUGUAAACCUUAAUUUGAUUAAAUGUAAACGGGCCAUUCUCAUGCCUGUAUGUUUUAAAUGACUAAUGAUCAACUAUAUCCACUGUUUGGAUAUCUGCUAUUACGGGUGGCUAAAACCAAACCUUUCUCGGAUAUGUUGUGUUUUGAAUUUGUUUACUUUUUUGUCUCUGAGCUUCGGAGGCUGUUCAGCCACUCAAGGCUCUGCUGACUCUCAUAGCAAAUUCAUUCCCCCACUUAUUUCCCUGUAAUUUAUUCUCUCUUAUGUCCAUUAACUCCAACCUGAUGCUCGUACCACAAAUCAUGGACAAUUUGCCAAUUAAUCUCCCAGCCUUUAUGAUGUGGGCGGAAACUCACUCGGUCACAGAGAAUGUACAAGCUCCACUCAGACAGCACUGGAGGUCAGCAUUGAACUGGAGCUACGUCACUAUCUGUGUAAGUUGUUUGGCCUGGAGUGAUCAAUGAAUGUUCUCUGCCACUGCCAGUGAUGUUCAGAAAGGGCCUUCUGCUCAUACUGUCGUUGCUUCAAUCUGUCUCGGCAUGAGUGCAGUGGCCAUAAAUCCAGGCUUGCAUCGCAGGCUUGAACUUUAGCAAAGGAGGAUAAUAUUUCACCUGAUAAGUUGUCCAAUCUGGAUUGUUUUUUUAUACAGUCAUCUAAGGAAAGGCCUUUAAAUGUUUAAAAUGUUUCAGAAGCUCUUGCAAAUGAGUCUGCCAAUUUGUGUACUCUCCUAUUUAUUUUUGUACCUCACUGCUUUUAAGUUGAUUUAUUGAAAGUGAAUUCACAUUUUGGAUGGAUGAAACUUGAUGUAAAUAUUUGGCCUCAGUCCUAUAAAAUGCCUUGCAAAAAAAUAGUGUCAGUAAUAUGUGGAUCAUGUCCAACAGUAGAUUUACAUGUUCUAUUUUACUUUCCCAUGGAGCUAAAAUGUCGCCCCACCCCCCCCCCCCCCCCUCCACUUUAUAAAAAAAGAAGCUUACAACCCAAACUAUGCAAGCAAAUGACUGAGAUUUUUCAAGUAGUAAAUUGAGAUGCAAUUUUUGUACACUGCACAAACGUUUGUGUCUGAAUAAAUAUUUUUUAUGUGGUA